AUGUUAACUCAGGCAACCCAGCUUCUGGAAGGCCCUUAUGGUGUACAGAUGGAACUCGACCAUCUGGAACCUGGCCCAGAUGAAGAUCUCGAUCACUAUGGCCGCUUUGCCAUGCUCGUACCUAUGAAUGCGGUUGCGCGCUCGGCUAUAGAAGCAACUUCACGAUCAGGAUCAGCUUAUCACCAACAAUUUAUCGGCCAGACAUUUGUUGGCGACAGGGUCACCAAAUGUUUUACCCUUUCGUUGGGUAGAUUGCCUGAAUUUGCCCAUAUUGGAUGGAGAAUCGGUAGGGGUCGAGAUACACUUAAAAACAGAGGGGUAGACUUACUCUUGACUAUUGAGGAUCGCCGAAUCGAUCAAGACUCGGAUGAGAAUCGUGUUGCCGGUAUUCACGCCCGAUUAAAUUGGGUCAAGGGAGCUGGAGGUUUCUUUCUCAUUGCUGACAACGGGAGAGGAGAGCCCGUGAUGAUGGACGGCGAGAUAUACCGAAAUAACCAGCGUUCCAUCCAACUCAAAAACAGCAUUAUGAUCGGAGAAUGCGUCUUCACUUUACGUUACUACCCACGAAACCCCGAGGAAGACGAACAGUUUCAGGUGGAACUGGCCGAAUUCUUCCGCGUGUUCCACGACGAUGCAAAUCCAUUAGUACUGCCUUUGCCUAGCGAUAAUUAA